AUGUUGAAAAGAUGGCUAUUGGCUUUGCUGGUCCGGGUGACUCCGGUGGCCAUUGUGCUCUGCUGUGCCACGACUCUGCUCUACCUGCUGGCUUGCAGAUCCGCAUUCAGAGACCCCCAGCAGGACACCCUGUGGUCGUCUGGCACCACCAGUAAGGAAGGCUACAUGGCGCUGCUCCAGGAGAGGGAGGACUCCCACAAACAUUACAUUGACAGCUUGGGAAAGCAGAUAGCGCAGCUCAAGGAGGCUCUCCAGGAGAGGACGCUGCAGCUGCAGGAGUCACUGGAUAAAGCCAAGGCCAAAGGGAUCCUACCUCUAGGCCUGGAGAGUCUGCACAAAACCCCUACAUCAUCCAACCUCAAGGAGUUCUUCCGCUCCCAGCUAAACCAUGCAGAGAUCAACACAGGCGUGUCUCUACCUAAUGAGUAUGUUGUGAUCCCAUUUGACACUUUUACACUGAAAAGAGUGUACCAUUUGGAGAGAGGCCUGACCAGGCAACCCGAGGAGAAGCCUGUGAGGAAGGACCGCCGGAAUGAGCUGACGGCCAGUGUGGAGACAGCCCUGCACGUUCUCAAUGGACCACGGCAACAUAUAGACACCAGCAGAAGGAAACACACAUUUUCUCCAUCAGAUUUCAUUGAGGGGCUGACCCGCACCGAGCGGGACAGGGGUACCGUGUACGAGCUGAUGUUCAAAGGCGACGGGCCACAGGACUACGUCAAGACGGUGCUAUUCAGGCCUUUCGGCCCCUUGGUUAAGGUGAAGAGCGCACAGGUGGAUGUGCGCGGCAUACUCGUCAACAUCAUCAUUCCGCUUUCCGAGAGGGUUGACACCUUCCGACAGUUUAUCCGCAACUUCAGAGAAGUUUGCAUCCAGCAGGACAACAGGGUCCAUCUGACAAUAGUCUAUUUUGGGCGUGAGCAGAUUUACCAGGUGAAAGCAGCACUGGAUCAGACAACCAGGGAGACCCGCUUCAGGAACUUCACACUGAUACAGCUCAAUGAGGAAUUCUCACGUGGGCGGGGCCUCGAAGUAGGCGCUCGGGCCUGGCGGCAAAACCAAAACAUCCUGAUGUUUUUUUGCGACGUUGACAUCAUCUUCACAGCAGAUUUCUUGACUUCCUGUCGCCUAAAUGCAGAGCCUGGCAAAAGGGUAUAUUACCCAAUCCUCUUCAGUCAGUACAACCCAUCUAUCAUCUACAGUAAUUACACUCAUGUACCACCAAUUCAGCAACAACUGAGUAUAAAACGUGACACAGGUUUCUGGAGAGAUUUUGGCUUUGGAAUGACAUGCCAGUACAGGUCGGAUUUCCUCAAAAUAGGUGGCUUUGAUCACAAUAUUAAAGGCUGGGGGAUGGAGGAUGUACAUCUGUACAGGAAGUACCUGCACAGCAAGCUGAUGGUGGUGCGCGCCCCAUCGCGCAGUCUUUUCCACAUGUGGCAUGAGAAGAAGUGCAGUGAGGAUCUGCCUCCGGCUAAGUAUCAGAUGUGCUUGCAAACAAAGGCCAUGACUGAGGCCUCGCAUGGCCAGUUGGGGGAGCUACUCUUUAAAGCGGACAUUCAGGCGCACUUUGAGAGGAACAGAAAAAGCUCAUGA